GUUACUACGAACUUACUGCGAAUCGAUGCUUGGGGUUGCGCCACGGUUCUAACGACUACCUGUGCGAAAUCCUCCCUCUGAGGAGUAGACUGUGUGGCAUUGGUCAUUGCGCCGACGAUUCGGAAGAGCAAUGGCUACGGUGACGAAUCCCCCUACGCCGCCUCCUCCGGCAGCCACGUCUCCUCCGAGGUCUCUCCAGCGGAAGCCUGUUCCAGUAACAAGACUACCCCUUUCGCAACAUGAGCGUGGCGAAUCUCAAGACAGCUUCUCCGGGAACUCACUACCUGUCGGCCAAACGGCUGAGCCGGCGACUAUCCGAGAUGCUCCUGUCUCUCCGGUGAGGGUGAAUUUCCAACCCGACAACUGGGCGCGGCCGACGAAUGUUAGCAUUGAGGGGGGUUACCAAGUCGCACCGCCGCCUCCGCCACAUAUGACAGGCAUCGACCAAAGGUCUUCGGUUACGCUCCCGCCUCCUUAUAGUCCUACGUCGGACCAGUCUAGGACUUUGACACCUAAACAGACAUAUACUGGUGACUUCGCGCACAGAUCAGGUCAAGAAAUGUUCCUAAAUGCGGCCGAAGUAGGCUACAUGGAAGCUCCAGCUGUGUCGGACCUGAAUCGCAAUAGUUUCAGCGAUAGUUCUCGUAGCGAUGACCCGAAUCGGCACAGUCGCGAAUCGGACGCGACUGCGAGUACGCAACAACAGAUGUCAACUGACUCGUCUGCUGAGACAAGCGCAAGUUCAAUAUCAGGGGGUCUAAACGAAGCAUGCGAUAAUCGAGUGGUGCCGGAUGAAUCAUCCCCGGAAGAGUCCAUUAUCGAAGGCUCGAUACAGGAGGGCCAACAGGUACCUCAAUUACAAUAUCAUCACCAACCCUAUCUUCCCCGAGUCUCGAGCGUGCCUCUCGAAUCAAAUUCAAGACAUUCGUCAAGGUCCGAUCUCGCCGAACCACCGGGUAUGGCUAUAAACCGCCACUUGACCCCAAAUUCAUUCAACAGGAGGAGUUCUAUGCCGCGGCCGCAGUCAUCGUACUCACUGUACUCUGAGCUAGGGCCGCGCGGACGAUCUCCGAGCUAUGGGGCUGCCAAUCCGCGCACCUCUUCCAUUCAUUCCCGCAGAUCGCCCGAAACAAGACCGACUUCCUACGCAGAAUUGCUGAAUGUUCCGUAUCCUCAGCAAGCCCCAGCUCCCAUUACCAUCGACAACUCCUAUUUGCGCAACAAUGUUGGAAGUAACGCUUCCUUAUUGAGUGCGCAGAAGACCCUUGAGAUGUAUAGACAAAAUGUGAAGAAGACAAAUGACUUUUCCAUCCAAUACUCGUUUGCCGUCUUCUUAAUUUCAACUGCGCAAGAGCAGGGUUUAAAUUUGGACGAACCUUCGCGGAAAAAGGCCAGCCCGAAGGGAAGUCCGCUUAACGAGAACCAGGAUACCUCGCCGACCGAGUUGGUUCGUGAAGCUAAAAGUAUAUUGACAAGGUUAGCCAAUGGCGGCUAUCCCUUUGCACAGUAUUACCUUGCUGAUGGUUUUGCUUCUGGCUUGUUCAACAAGGGUAAGGAGGAUUAUAAUUCCGCCUUUCCCCUCUUCGUUUUGGCCGCGAAGCACGGCCAUGCAGAGUCUGGUUAUCGUGCUGGUUUAUGCUACGAAUUUGGAUGGGGUUGUAGGAAAGAUCCGGCCAAGGCAGUUCAAUUUCUACGAACAGCAGCAUCAAAAAACCAUCCCGGCGCUAUGACAAGACUUGGCAAGGCUUGUCUCUCGGGAGAUCUAGGCGAGAAUCGAUAUAGGGAGGGUGUAAAAUGGCUGAAGCGUGCUACCGAGUCAGCAGACGCCAUGUACAAUGCCGCCCCUUACCAUCUCGGUACACUAUACGAAACCGGCUACGGCGAUGAUAUUUUCAAGGAUGAGAGUUACGCGGCCGAAUUAUUCACUCAAGCAGCUGAGCUUGGACAUGCUGAAGCAAGCUACCGCAUGGGAGAUGCGUACGAACACGGUAAACUGAACUGCCCUCGAGAUCCGGCCCUCAGCGUUCACUUCUAUACCGGUGCUGCGGAGCGUGGUCAUGCAGCAGCUAUGAUGGGAUUGUGCGCAUGGUACAUGGUUGGAGCUGAUCCCAUCUUGGAAAAAGACGAGGAAGAAGCCUAUGAAUGGGCUCGUCGAUCAGCGGAUCUUGGCUAUGUUAAGGCUGAGUAUGCAGUCGGUUAUUUCACGGAAAUGGGAAUAGGCUGCCGCCGUGACAUCUUGGAAGCCAACGUUUGGUACGUCAAGGCAGCCGAUUCCGGUGACGAACGCGCGAAGCAGAGACUCGCCGCAAUUCGGGCUGCCGUGAGCGGCGGCGGGACGCCUAUGGACGUCGCCCCGCCCCGCAACGGCAAGAUGAAAAAAAAUCAAGCAAAUGAUAAGGACUGUGUUGUAAUGUAAUAUAUUCCACGUGGUUGGAAUUCACUAGUACAGAGGUGUUUCGGGUACUUUCGAGAAUCCGGUAUAGCCCUCAUCGAUGAGGCGUCUCU